CACGAACAUUGUGAACGCACUCAGUGUUUGAACGUAUCCAUUUUUCUUUAUAAUGUUUAUACAUCGUUGUGAGUUGUCAUUAAUGACAGCUGUUCGCCAUUUUUUUUUCUAUCUAUCUCUGAUUGAAUAUUUUGGAAGGAACAAUACAAUCAUAAACGUUCACAUUGUUUACGAGCUACGACGUAUAUCAUUCAAUACUCAAUUGAAAUUUGUUCGUAAUUUGUCAAAUUUAAUGGUUUAACUUAACGUUUUAAGUGAUUAAAUUGGUGGAAGAUUCGGUGGCGAGUUAAAUAAAAAUAAAAAUCAUGUCGCUUUCGUCGACGCCUCGUGUGCCUGUAUCGCAAUUGUUGAGCGAUGCAGCCAACAACGAAGAAGAGCCAAAGAAAAAGUCCAGAGAAGAUUGGCGUAAAGCAAAAGAAUUAGAAGAAGCCCGUAAAGCUGGUACAGCACCAGCUGCUGUUGAUGAAGAGGGUCGAGAUAUUAAUCCACACAUUCCGCAAUAUAUUUCAAAUGCACCAUGGUAUUACAAUGCAAGUGGUCCAACAUUGAAACAUCAACGGCCACAAGAUGAGAAGGAAACGGGUGUGUCUGGCAUUAAUGAUUGGUAUCAUCGUGGUGUGAAUACAAGUAAAGUCAUAACGAAAUUUCGAAAAGGAGCGUGUGACAAUUGCGGUGCCAUGACGCACAAGAAAAAAGAUUGCUUUGAACGACCGCGUAAAAUUGGUGCUAAAUACACUGGCAACGUUGUUGCUCACGAUGAAUUCGUUCAACCAAAUAUCGUAACCGAUUAUGAUGGCAAACGUGACCGAUGGAGUGGCUAUGAUCCGGCAGCACAUCGUGAAAUUAUCGAAGAAUAUCAGAAAGUUGAAGAAGCUAAACAAAAAUUAAAAGCCGAAAAACUUAAGGAUCCAACCAAUUCAGAAUCGGGCGGCAUCGAUGACGAUGAUGAUGAUGAUGAGGAAGAAGAUGGUGAUAAAUAUGCGGACGGAGCUGAUAUGCCGGGUACGAAAGUCGAUUCAAAACAACGAAUUACAGUGAGAAAUCUUCGUAUUCGUGAAGAUACCGCUAAAUAUUUGCGCAAUUUAGAUCCAAAUUCAGCGUACUACGAUCCAAAAACAAGAUCAAUGCGUGAUAAUCCAAAUCCACAAAAAGACGCAAAUGAACUUGAAUUUGCUGGCGAGAAUUUUGUUCGAUACAGCGGUGAUACAAAUAAACAUGCGACAGCACAAUUAUUUGCAUGGGAAGCACAUGGUAAAGGUGUUGAUGUUCAUUUACUUGCCGAACCGACAAAAUUGGAGAUGCUUCAACAAGAAUACGAUAAAAAGAAAGAAGAAUUUAAGUCCAAGACGAAGGAUACGGUUCUCGGUCGAUACGGUGGCGAAGAGCAUUUACAAGCACCACCAAAAUCAUUGUUGCUCGCUCAAACUGAAGAAUACGUUGAAUAUUCACGAACAGGCAAAGUGCUAAAGGGUCAAGAGAAACAGGCAAAUCGUAGCCGAUAUGAAGAAGAUGUUUAUUUAAAUAAUCAUACGAGCGUUUUUGGUUCUUAUUGGCGUGAUUUUGCAUGGGGAUACAAGUGUUGUCAUUCAUUUGUUAAAAAUUCAUAUUGCGUGGGUGAAAAUGGAAAACAAACAUCAACAGUUGCAAUGCCAUCAACUUCAUAUGAUCACUUUGAACGAAGAUCGGCCGAUGAAUCUGAUAAUGAACACGAAGAUGAAGAACAGUCGAAGCGACGAGACGAUGACAGUGACUCAUCGCAAUCAGAUGAAAGUAUCGAAGAACAAAGAUCGAAAAAGAAAAAGAAGAAAAACAAAAAGAAGAAGAAGAAGAAGUCAAGAAAUAAGGACAAAGAAAAAACCGAUUUGGAAAAGGCUUUAGAAGCUGAAGAGAAAAAUAAUGCAAUGGCCACCCAUUUAUUGGAAAUGGAUGAACGUAAACGACCAUUUAAUAGCAUGUACGAAGUGAAAAAACCAACCGACGAAGAAGUCGAAGCCUAUCUAAUGAAGCGACGGCGAGAUGAAGAUCCGAUGGCAGCCUUUAUGGAUAAAUAAAUACGCUUGUUUUUAGUCUUAUUUUCAAAAAUUCAAUCAAUUGUAAUUACAAACGGACAGAAUUACAAAAAAUAAUAAAACUGAUCAAUCUAA